CAUCAGCUUACUAGGGUUUGUACAUGCGCUUUCAGUUAGGUUCGACAACACAUUAUAGCUAUUUUGUAUCAAGAUGAUGAUGGUCGGUAGGUACGAGUUGGUUCAUCGGUGGAGGUAAGCCCUAGCUCGGCGCUGCUCUUGUACUUCAUCUGAGGUUGGAUCAAUGUGGGGAAAAUUCUACUGGAGGAAGAAAGAUGAAGGAGAGAGGAAAGCGGAAGGGAUUGUGGUGCUCUUCGCCUGGUUCUCGAGUCAGGAGAGGCAUCUGAGGCCGUUUGUGGAUCUCUACUGGUCUCUCGGAUGGGAUUGCCUCAUUUGCAUUGUCCAUUUCCUGACGCAGUUUUUCCCGGAGAAGGCGGCAGAACUAGCCUGUGGUGUUCUUGAUGAGCUGAUUGAGGGUGAUUAUCAGUUGCUAAGAGUGCAUAUCCGGGCAAAUUUAUGACUCAAGUCCAGCCAAUUUCAGCGAUGAUCUUAACCUUCAGUUUGUGCUUCGUUCAUCAUUUCUUAAUAUGAUGAAUCCUCCAAGAUUGGUAUCAUGGAUGGCAAAAGCUUUUGCAUAUGGUUUGGACGCUCUCUUCCUCAACAGUUUUGAAGCACGGCGCGCUGAAUUUUGGCAGGCUUUGUACACAUCUGCUCAUGGGUCCUUUCCUCGUACUUUGUCUGAAGAUGAUAAAUUGGCUCCAAUCCAAACUGUGCGCUGUUUUGCUCAGCGUCUGCAAGAACUUGGCGCAGACGUCAAUUUUAUCAAUUGGAGCACUUCUUCUCAUGUAGCACAUUAUGAUCACCAUCGAGGCAAAUAUAAGGACGCUGUAAAUGAGUUUCUUGCGAAGGCAUCUCUCAACUUUUCGACCAAGCAGCUUAACAGAGCCAACAAUAGCAAGGUACCCGAAUCAGCCUGCUAUCGCCAUGGCACCACAGUUAGUUCAAACGAAAGCUUAAUGAGAGUCACCGUCGAACCGAGCAACUAUUUCUUCAUUCCGAGCUCGAAGGAGCAGAGUGAAACCAGACCUGCCAUUUAUGAACCAGAGAGUAUAAAGCCUCAUGGAGUCCUCAGCCAGAUACUCUUUGAUGUUUGUGUUCCUAGGAACAUUGAAGGCUGGGACAUGAAGCUGAUGCCAUCCAUGACUAAAAGGUGCGAACAACGUGGCCCGUUUGAUCAAAUCAAGUGCAUCAGACGGUCGAGGUUGUAAGACAUUAUAUUAAGCGAAAGAGAUUGAGGAACUCUUGAUGUAAAAAUGAGUAGCUCUACUUUUGUAGCUGUUCUAAGUUGUGGUUUUAGUCAUCGUGAAUGAAGAAUGUGUAAAUGAUGUGAUUUAUUCCUGUAGCGUUUUUGAACAUUUAAGUGUAAUAAGCAUUGGCCUGAUGUAAUGUAUAUUAUUUUGCAUGAUGUAAAUUUGUUGUCUGGGUCUAAA